CGCGCAGUUCAGUUUAGCUGCUUGGGAAUGGACCGAGCCGAGGGCGGGAUGUGGGCGCGUACGAACCGCGCGGCCGAAGAGUUUUAUUCUCGUCUUCUGCAGGAAUUUAAUGAAGAAAAGAAAGGAGUCUCUAAACACCCGUUCACCUAUGAGGCUGAUGUGCAAGUGCAGUUGAUCAGCAAAGGCCAACCAAAUCUUUUGAAAACUAUCCUAAAUGAAAAUGAUUUAGUAUUUCUUGUGGAAAAAGUGCUUUUGGAGAAGGAAGAAACAAGUCAUGUUGAAGAGCCACAUUCUGAAGAGACUGCUAUUUCUGAUUUCUCUACUGAUGAAAAUGUUAGACCACUGGCCUUGCCAAUUGGGAGAGCAAGGCAGUUAAUUGGGCUUUAUACCAUGGCUCACAAUCCUAAUAUGACCCAUUUGAAGAUCAAACAGCCAGUUACUGCCCUUCCUCCUCUUUGGGUGAGAUGUGACAGUUCAGAUCCUGAAGGUACCUGUUGGCUGGGAGCUGAGCUUAUCACGGCAAAUGACAUCGUUACAGGCAUUGUCUUAUAUGUGGUCACUUGUAAAGCUGAUAAAAAUUAUUCCGAAAAUCUGGAAAGUCUAAAAAAUUCACACAAGAAAAGACAUCACUUGUCUGCUGUAACAGCCAGGGGCUUUGCCCAAUAUGAGCUCUUUAAGUCUACUGACUUGGAUGAUAUUGUCACCCCAACCCAAACUACAGUCACUUUGGAUCUUUGCUGGAGUCCUGUGGAUGAGAUUCUUCAAGCCCCUCCCCUGUCUUCAACUGCUGCUCUGAAUAUCAGAGUACAAUCGGGAAAGUCCAGCAGUCGAUUGAAUCAUCUCCACAGAGAACUGAACUUCCUCCUUGUUUUGGCUGAUGGCUUGAGGACUGGUGUAACCGAAUGGCUUGAACCUCUGGAAACAAAAUCUGCUGUUGAACUUGUGCAAGAGUUUCUGAAUGACUUAAAUAAGCUGGAUGAAUGUGAUGAUUCUACAAAAAAAGAUGCACAAAAAGAGACAGUGAACCAUGAAGCAGCUGCAGUUGACAGGUCUGUGCUUAUCACAGUGCGAGGAGAUCUCGAUUUUGCUGAAGAGCUGUGGUGCAAAAUGAGCAGCAGUGUGAUUUCAUAUCAAGACUUGGUGAAGUGUUUCACAUUGAUCCUGCAGAGUCUGCAGCGUGGGGAUAUACAGCCAUGGCUGCACAGUGGGAGUAACAGUUUACUAAGCAAGCUCAUUCACCAGUCUUACCACGGAGCCAUGGACAGCGUCCCUCUCUCUGGAACCACUCCGCUUCAAAUGCUUUUGGAAAUUGGUUUGGACAAACUGAAGAAGGACUAUAUCAGCUUUUUCGUCAGUCAGGAGCUUGCAUCUUUGAAUCAUUUGGAACACUUCAUUUCCUCGUCAGUAACUACAGAGGAACAGGUGCAUCGCGUGCAGAAACUCCAUCAUAUUCUAGAAAUACUCGUCAUCUGCAUGCUUUUCGUCAAACCUCAGCACGAGCUUCUCUUUUCUUUAACACAAUCAUGCAUAAAAUAUUACAAACAAAAUCCUCUUGAUGAACAACACAUUUUUCAGUUGCCAGUCAGACCAGCUGCUGUAAAGAAUUUGUAUCAAAGUGAGAAGCCACAGAAAUGGAGAGUGGAAAUAAGUGGUAAUCAGAAGAAAGUGAAAACAGUGUGGCAGCUGAGUGACAGCUCACCUGUAGACCAUUCCAGUUUUCACAAGCAUGAUUUUUCUGAGUUGACGCUGAAUGGUAGUCUGGAAGAAAGGACUGCCUUCAUUAACAUGGUUACCUGCAGCCAGGUGCACUUCAAGUAACACGUGCUGAGAGUCUCUGCAAGGUAUCUGUGUUCUUUCAAGUAUGUU